UCCCCCUAUUUUACUCUCUCUCCCGCGUCUCUUAUCUCUCAAGACUUCGUCAAAAAUUUCCACGAAGCUUCCCCUAUAAAUAAAUACCCACAAGCCAUUCAGCUCUCAUCAUUGCAAAGCAUUCAGAAUUUCUCUGCAACUCUUUUAUAGAGUUUGACAAAAUGUCUCGCUUCACGAGUUUUUUUCUAAUCCUUUCUCUUUUUGCCUUUGCUCCCCUUUGCUUCGCUAGCAAGAAAUAUGGCGGUUACCUCUUCCCACAGUUUUAUGACCAUUCCUGCCCAAGAGCUCAAGAGAUCGUCAAGUCCGUCGUGGCCAAGGCUGUCGCCAAAGAAGCCCGCAUGGCUGCUUCAUUGCUUAGGCUCGAGUUCCACGACUGCUUUGUCCAGGGCUGUGAUGCAUCGCUACUGUUAGACAGCAGCGGGACCAUAACCAGUGAGAAGAGAUCAAACCCUAACAGGAAUUCAGCCCGAGGGUUUGAAGUGGUAGACGAUAUCAAAUCUGCUUUAGAGAAAGAGUGCCCCCAUACAGUUUCUUGUGCUGAUAUUCUGUCUCUAGCUGCUAGAGAUUCCACCGUUCUUAGUGGGGGACCCAGCUGGGAGGUCCCACUUGGAAGAAGGGACUCCAGAGGUGCGAGCUUGAGUGGCUCCAACAACGACAUUCCUGCUCCGAACAACACAUUCCAGACCAUCCUCACCAAGUUCAAGAGACAAGGGCUUGAUGUUGUUGAUCUUGUUACACUAUCCGGGAGCCACACCAUAGGAGAUGCCCGGUGCACCAGCUUCAGGCAGAGACUGUACAACCAGACAGGCAAUGGGCAGCCCGACUACUCACUUGACCGAUCAUAUGCAGCCCAAUUGCGUGCCAGAUGCCCAAGAUCCGGCGGUGACAGUAACCUGUUUUUCUUGGACUUUGUAAGCCCAACAAAGUUCGACAACAGUUACUUCAAGAACAUAUUGGCUUACAAAGGCCUCUUGAGCUCCGACCAAGUUCUCCUAACAAAGAAUGAAGCAUCAAUGGAACUGGUGAAGAAGUACGCGGAGAAUAGCCAGGUUUUCUUUGAGCAGUUCGCCAAGUCCAUGGUUAAGAUGGGAAACAUUUCUCCGUUGACAGGCUCAAGGGGAGAGAUUAGGAAGAACUGCAGGAAGGUUAACUCUUGAUGAAAGAGUAUUAUAAUGUUGUUCAGUUCCAGCUGAAUGUUCAAUAAAAGUUGUGUGGGCAUGCAUUUUCUGCAUUGUUUUUUUAUGUACUAUCAUCCUCUCAGAUUAUUUCAAUAAAAUGGAUCAGUUGUUUCCUUUUU